AUAAAUAAAUAAAUAAAUAAACUGACGUAAGCACGUCUGUCCCCCUUCCGGUGUCGUGCGGUUACUGCGGCGGAUGUUGAUGUUUUGUUUCGGAGCCUGCUAAAGGAUGUGAGCUGAAUCGUCUCCGGGACGGGUUGAUAUUUUCCGUCGUUGUCUUCACGGUUCUCUUUGUACAAUUUUUUCAGUAAGGUCUCGCUGUCUGUCGGCGUCGUGUCUCUCCCGGUGUCUCUCCCGGGAAGCGCGAGGCCGAGUCGUGCGAUGAUGGAGGACUUUGAUGAGAUCUACGAAGAGGAGGAGGAGGAAGAAGAGGACGAGGACAGGGCCGCGGAGGAGCAGCUCCUCAAGUACGCUCCGGACCCGGUGGUUGUGCGAGGAUCCGGCCACGUCACUGUGUUUGGGCUUAGUAACAAAUUUGAGUCAGAAUUUCCUUCAGCACUUACGGGGAAGGUGGCACCGGAGGAAUUCAAAGCCAGUAUCAACCGUGUAAACAGCUGUCUGAGGAAGACGCUGCCAGUGAAUGUGCGGUGGCUCCUGUGUGGAUGCCUCUGCUGCUGUUGCACGUUGGGCUUCAGUUUGUGGCCUGUCAUCUGCCUCAGCAAGCGGACAAGAAGAUCUAUAGAGAAGCUCCUGGAGUGGGAGAACAGCAGACUUUACCACAAGUUGUGUUUGCACUGGAGACUAAGCAAAAGAAAGUGUGAAACCAACAACAUGAUGGAAUAUGUAAUCCUAAUAGAGUUCCUACCUAAGAUCCCCAUCUUCAGACCGGACUAGCGUGACUGCAGCUCAUCUUAAAACCACCACUGCUGCCCAGCUCUGUCACAGAACCACAGUGGCUGUCAAGCUCCUGAAUAACUACCCUUCCCAAAAUACUACAAUAUUUUUGUUUACAGGGUAGCAUCAAUCAACUUUUCUCUUUGACCCGUUCUCCCACCCAUACUUUAUCUACACCCUUGUUUACAAAUCCAGCAUCCCCACUCUGGCAUUGAAGUGAAUUCACCAUUGAACCAUGACCUAUUGGACGAGCUGGCACCAGCCUGUGGGAUGUCAGGGGAGACCCAUCCAUGGGCAGUGUUAUUAAUUUUGGAGCCAGAGCUGGAGACUGGACUGUCGAACUCGAGUUCUGUGAGCUACAACUGGAAUUUUGUCAUCUGUGUGUUCCCUAUCCUAAGCACAUGGCACAGUCAACAAACCCUUUCAUACGUUACCUACUGUCACGCCGCCAACUUCACCUGCAAAAAAUACACCCCAGUGCUUUUGUAACAGUUGGUUUGGUUCUCUAGAUCCUCACUAGAGGCUGUGGAGGCAACAUGAUGUGGAACUCCAAAGGAACUGUCAUCCAAAUCAACUUUGUAGCGGACUAACUAGUCUCACAGGAACAUGUUGGGCCAGUGGCCAAAAAAGCGGAACUCACUCUUCUUAUCAACUACCAGACAUUGUUAUCCCUUUCACCUUCGUAUCUCUGCACACCUACUGUGCAUCACCCUAACCCAGUGACAAUCACACACUUUGACUGUACUCCCCAUAGUAUGAUUGGGCCUUUAUGCUACGAUGUUUACCUGGAACAAUUUGUUUUCACCGUGAUGUGUCCAGACCGGCUGCCUAGCAACUUCUUCUCAGUCACAGUGGAACACAUAAGCUGGAAAGACAGCCACUGGAGACGUUGAAAGGAAUUCUUGGUUUCUUUAUAUUUUUUUAGUAUCUCAAGUUUUGUUUACUGUUUUGGUGAAAGAGAGGCAGUCUGUGCUUGCAAACUUGGUGUGUGUGUGUGUGUGUGUGUGUGCGUGCGUGCGUGCGUGCGUGCGUGCGUGUGUCAGUCAAACAUAAGCAAAAAAGACAAAUCAGACAUGAAGACAUACUCUUUACUCUGUGAAGCAGGGUUCUUUCUUUCUCUGAAGUAUUUCUUUGCCAUAACUGAUCUUUGUUACUUUUGUUGUAGUAAUUUAUAAGUGCAUGAGUGUACAUAUUAUAUGUGCAUUCAUGAAAUACGACUCAGUUUUUGUUUUUUUUGGGGGGAGGGCUUUUUUCUGCAAAAUUAUGCUUUAGUUGUUUCGUUUUUAUCUCUAUGGUCAUGUGUCAACACUAAAGCACACAAUCGCUUUGUCCUUAACAGCUUCACAUGGCCUCUUCUCCUUAUCUGCUGACCUCUGGCUUACUUAUGUGUCCAAGUAAAGGAUGUGACUCUUAUGAGAAAGUUCCUCUGUUUUAGAUAUAAUCUGACUCAUUACAUUCAGAGGCCUGGGGUGACCAAGAGUGUUAAAUUCUCUUCAUUAGGUGUAAUAUCAGCAUUCUGUAUCAUGAAGCAGGAUUACUAAAGUUAGCUUCAUAACUGCACUGAGUAAAAUCAGACUACUCCACUAUCAGGAACAUGGACUUUAAAGCUGCAGUAUUUUUAUAUUAAUAAUGAAAAAUGACUGUAAAGUGACAUGGGUUACUUGUAGUGUUGAAACCCAUAGAAAAUUAUCACCCCACUCAGCAGUUUCUCCCAGCCCUGCGAAACAUUUUUGCAUCUUUUAGCUCAUUGUUUUGGGUUUCUGGCCUGCAAAUUUACUGUUGGUUCACUCUCAUCACCUUCAUCAGUCUUGUUUGCAGCAGCAGUAGCAAACAAGGCCCCUAAAUGCAGGAGCAUUUUAGCAUCUGAAGAGCCAGAUAUUUCCCAGGAAUCAGUAGAGACUAAGUGAGGGAGGGUGAAUAUUGGAUAUUCAUCAGCUGGCCAGAAACAUUGCUCCAAAUGAAUGCUAAUGUUGCUCUGUCUUUACAGGAUGUGUAAAUAGGCAACUGUUUGCUAUAUCAACUUUAUAAAGUGAUAACGUGUCAGUUAAUGUAGGUUCAAGGACAAUAAAGUUGUUCCAGACUUGAUUUAGUUCAGUUAUCUAGCUAACUAACAAUCCUGCUUUUGAGAUAAAGCUGUAAGACUAUAUUUAAAAAUGUCAACAUGUUAUAGAUCAUAUCAUGAAGCACAUCUCAGUUUUAUUAAACAUAUACUCAUUUGCCAGCAAGUAGGAGAAAGGGGAGAACAGAAAAAAAAAUGGCCUUUUUGAAUGUGAUAUAGAUUUAGUUUUUCCCACUCAGCACACUUCUUGAUUUAUAAAAACACCCAGAUCCUGACUCAGACUGUGAGAUUGCAUAUUGCAAGAAUUUGAACAAAGCCACUUAGUUUUAGGUCACUGAGCUCUGGUUGAUUGUAUAGGCCACACUCAGGGGAUAAUACUAGAUAAACAAUAUGUAGCAUUGGAAAAUCUCACCGUCAGGUAUGUUCCAAAGUUGCACCAGGGAGUCAAGAAUGAAAUCACACAUUACUUGAACAGUUGUAAAAUGAUGUAUUUGGAGUUUGUUUUGAAAUUGAAACAUGCCCCUAAGAAAAAGACUAAGGAAAGGAAGCACAUAUACCAAGGACCCACAAAGCUCACAGUGUCUUGGUUUAUAUGUUAAAAGAUCCAGAUUCACUUGAUUACCACUGGGCUGCCUAUUGGUUCAUCAGUCACUUUUCUAUUUUUUUGAUUGUGGUCUGUUCUGUGUAAAUCAAGGCAUAAGGCCAUAUGCAGAUAUCUGUGGUGUGUGCGCGUAUGUGUGUAUGCGCACGGUGUAUGCAGAUGCAUAUGUUCUUUGUAGAUCUCAGACUGUGAUUGAACCCUGCACAGAAAAUGAGUCAUUUUUAUAUAAUCUUGUGUGCUCUGUGUGUGUUUGUGUGUAUGAGGGAGAGAAAGGUAUAUGUACAUAUGACUCAUGAGCAGGUGUAUGUACAGUUAUAAACUACCAAUAAACAAGGCUAUGAGCAUC